ACUCGAGUCGCGAAGAGGACGACGACACAUCAAAAGGUCAAAAGCUACCAUAAGCCCCGAACCCAUCUCCUCCGCCUCCGGCGAGCCCUCUCGCCGCCGCCGGCGAGAUGUCGUCGGUGACCCGCCCGCCGCGGGAGACCGACUUCGCCCGCUUCUCGUCGUCCACCCCUAUCGUCAUCGACAACGGCGCCUCCACCUUCCGCAUCGGGUGGGCGGGCGAGGCGGAGCCGCGCGUCUCAUUCCGCAACGUCGUGCAGAGGCCGCGCAACCGCGGCUCGGGUGAAACUGUCUCAAUUGUUGGGGACACUGAUCCAGGUCUAACGAAGUUUUUUGAUUGUACAAGAUCCACAGUUCGGUCACCAUUUGAUGAUGAUGUUGUCUAUCAGUUCGAGUACAUGGAAUAUAUUCUUGACUAUGGCUUUGAUCGAUUAGGUGCCACUUCAGAGGUGGGCCAUCCAAUUCUUAUGACAGAAUGUGAAUGCAAUCCAUCCUUUUCUCGAGCCCGAAUGGCAGAACUACUCUUCGAGACAUAUAGUGUGCCAUCCAUUGCAUUUGGCAUCGACAAUUCGUUUAGUUAUAAGUACAACCAGAAACUUGGAAACUGUGGAGAAGAUGGGUUAGCUGUUUCCUGUGAACAUGGAACUUGCCAUGUUGUUCCAUUUUUAAAAGGGCAACCUGUGCUUGGGGCAUGCUGCAGAACCAAUGUUGGUGGACUUCACAUUACUGAUUUUCUGAGGCAGCUUCUCUCUCUUAAAUAUCCCUAUCACACGGCAAGUAUUACAUGGGAAAAGGCUGAAGAGCUGAAGAAGGAGCAUUGUUAUAUAGCUCUUGAUUAUAUGUCAGAGUUGCAGAUAUUUAAGAACAAGAAGGAAGAAGCCGAAGAGAAAACAAGGUAUUGGCAGCUACCAUGGGUUCCCCCACCAAAGGAAGAACCACCAUCCGAGGAAGAACUUGCAAGGAAAGCAGCUUUAAAGGAAAAAGCUGGUCAACGUUUGCGAGAAAUGGCUGCUGCAAAGAGGUCUCAGAAGAUAGUGGAACUGGAAAAACAACUUUCUCAUUUGGAGGAACUAAUGGAGCAACUUGAUGGAGCUGAAGAACCAGAAGCAACAGCUAUUCUAGGUAGAUCUGGAUAUCUUUCUCAGCAGGAAAUCAAAUCUGCUAUUUUGAAAGCAACCCAGUCCCUAAGGAAAGCAAAGGGGGAGUCCAAUGGUAACGAGGAGAAAGCAGAUGCCUCAGGGGCUGAUAAAUAUCCGCUUGUGUCUGUCCCUGAUGAAAUGUUGACACCAGAACAGUUAAAAGAAAAGAAGAAACAGAUAUUGCUUAAAACCACAACAGAGGGCAAAAUGCGUGCCAAGCAGAAACGUGCUGAAGAGGAGGCAUUGAAGGAGAAGCAAGAAGAACAGAGGCGUGCGGAGAACCCAGAGUUAUACCUUGAAGAGCUUCAUGCCCGAUAUUCAGAACUUUCUGAGAAAUUGGAGCAGAGGAAGCGACAAAAAGUUAAUGGCAGCCAGACAAAUGGGAACUAUAGUUCAUCUGGUAGCGUAGGCCGUGGUGAACGGUUAAAUGCAGCUCAGAAAGAAAGGAUGCGGCUGCUUACUUCUGCGGCAUUUGAUCGGGGAAAAGGUGAGGACACUUUUGGCAUGAGAGAUGAAGAUUGGUUAGUGUACAAUAAGAUGAGCAAAGGCAAUGACGAUGAUGAGAACGACGACGAUGAAUCGGAACUUGUUCAAAUAGCAUCAAAGCUCCAGGAGAUUGACCCUACAUUUGUCUCCAAAUCUGAAGCUGUUCAACUGGCUCCGGAGCCUCCCAAAGUCCGGCCUCUUACUGCAGAGGAUUACAGAAUUGCCAUAGGGAUUGAGCGGUUCCGCUGCCCUGAAGUGCUGUUCCAGCCUGGUAUGAUAGGAAUCGACCAGGCUGGCAUCGAUGAGAUGGUCAGCAUCUCGCUCAGGAGACUAAUGGAGGACGAAUCUGUCAAGGAGCGCCUCUGUCAGUCCAUUCUCGUCACCGGCGGGAGUUCCCUGCUCCCAGGCUUGGUCCCUCGGCUGGAAUCCGGGAUCCGGCAGUUCCGACCCUACCUUGCACCCCUGAAGCUUGUCAGAGCGGCUGACCCCAUUCUAGAUGCGUGGAGGGGCGCAGCUGCCUUUGCGGCUUCCAGUAAGUUUGGGAAACAAACUUUCAGCUUAGCAGAUUACAGAGAGCAUGGAGAGAACCUGUUUCAUCGGUACAACAUUGUUUACUCACUGUAACGUCUCUUACAGCGAAUAGCAAAUGAUGUAGCAAAUAGCAAAUAACAAAACUCAGUCAGGCUAUUUAUUGUUUACUCACAGUAAUAUCAUUAGCGAGCACCCAACCUCAGUCAGGCUAUUUAUUGACAACCAAUAGCAAAUGAUGUAGCUGCAAUUUUUCACACCUA